AUGCUAGGCACCCGACUCAUACUCCAAGUGCUGAUGCAUCUCUCCAUUAACCCUGCCUUUGCCUCUACCAGACGAGACUUCAUCAUGGCUUGGCCUGAUGAGGAGCUGGUCAAGGUUGUUAAGGCUGUGCUCACGACAGGCGCCUUUAGGUCGCACCUCGACCCUGUGGCAACGGGGCUACUGGAAGAGAUUGCGAUCACUCGAGGAGACGGCUUAUUGGCAUGGACAAGACGCGAAGCUAGCAGUACUGAGGCAAGUAAGGCUCUGCUCGACGAGGACCGGCUACAAGGCACUGGUACCAGCUUGGCAGAAGACAAAGAAGACGCCCAACAUCUCUCAGGCAUUCCGGAUCUAGAUCUUAUUGACAGCGACGAGGAACUCGACGAGGAAGACGACAGCGAGGACAACGAGAUGCGGCGACGCCGAAAGACUGUCAGGAUUCCUAACAUUGAUGUGGUUUUUUGCGUACCCGGUAACAACGGCACGGAGUAUAAGCGCCUGAGUCAGUUAUCAAGCUCAUCCGUGGAAAAGAUUGUUAGACAUUUCAAUCAUUACUUCUUACGGGGCAGUAUCGAGAGAGCGUAUUAUAAGAGGAUCAUCGAAGACAAGGACACAAGUCGUGGAUGUUUACGAGGUAAUCUAGACGAAGAAAGAAAUCCGUUUAUGCAUCCGACGAGAGCUUGCGAUGGAUGCAUUGGCACAUGUCUGUGUGCUAGGCUCGAAACAUUGGCGGAUGGUGAGGUCAGGCUAGCCAUAUAUCCCUUACCGGAGAUAGAUGCCGGUUUUGCGCCUUGGAACUCUGCAGACUUCUGGAUGGAGGACUAUGCGCAGUAA